CUGGACCAGCUGCAGCCUCAGCUGGUGUAGUGGAGCUGGGUGGGGAGGGAGCGGGGCAGGCGACCCAGGAGACAGAGGCGCCGCGGCCUCUCCCCACCAUGCAGCCCCGGACCCCACUGGACACCCCGAAGGCACACCGGCUGCACCUCUAGGGUCACCCGGCGCUGACCACUCCCCUCAUCUCUAGACUCCUUCCCCAUCCUUUUCGCCUUUACCCUCCCUACCCUUCCCCAGCUCCGGACCGACGCCCUCCCCUUACUCCCGGACCGGCCCUUCUCGGCGCCCCUCCUUCCUAGGGAGAUGCAAUGAGCCGGUGCCCCCGCGUCCUCACCGCCGCCCCGGGCACGGUGCCUGCCCGGUGCCCGUGGUGGGGAGGAAGCACUCCGCGGCCCCUCCGCGACGCCCCUCCCUUGGGGCCCCCCUCAGCUGGCGUCCCAGGGGCAUGUCCCAAGGGACCCAGCCAGGGGGUGGGCUCUAGAGCGAAGCGGGUGGAGAGGAGGAAGGACCGGGCGUUGGGCGCCUCUGAGAUGCUCCCAAGCGCCAGGGCGGGCCGAGCGAGGCUCAGGCAACCGGGCGGCAGGCAUGAUGCCCUCGCCUAGUGACUCUAGCCGUUCGCUAACCAGCCGGCCCAGCACCCGGGGCCUUACCCACCUCCGCCUUCACCGGCCCUGGCUGCAGGCCCUGCUCACGCUGGGUCUGGCCCAGGUGCUACUGGGCAUCCUGGUGGUCACCUUCAGUAUGGUGGCCUCCUCCAUCACCACCACUGAGAGCAUCAAGAGGUCCUGCCCGUCUUGGGCUGGGUUCUCGCUGGCGUUCUCCGGGGUGGUUGGCAUUGUGUCUUGGAAGCGACCAUUUACUCUAGUGAUCUCCUUCUUCUCUCUGCUUUCGGUGCUCUGUGUCAUGCUCAGUAUGGCUGGCUCUGUUCUCUCCUGUAAGAAUGCUCAGCUGGCCCGAGACUUCCGAGACUGUUCCAUGGAAGGAAAAGUCUGUGUGUGCUGCCCAUCUGUUCCUCUCCUCCGGCCCUGUCCAGAGUCUGGACAGGAACUGAAAGUUGCCCCUAACUCCACCUGUGAUGAAGCCCGAGGGGCCCUCAAGAACCUGCUCUUCAGUGUCUGUGGGCUCACCGUCUGUGCUGCCAUCAUCUGUACCCUCUCUGCUAUUGUCUGCUGUAUCCAAAUCUUCUCUCUGGACCUUGUACACACGCAGCUGGCCCCUGAGCGCUCAGUCUCUGGGCCCCUGGGGCCUCUGGGCUGUGCAUCCUCACCCCCAGCCCCUCUUCUACACACCAUGCUGGACUUGGAGGAAUUUGUACCCCCUGUGCCCCCACCACCCUACUAUCCCCCGGAGUAUACCUGCAGCUCAGAAACAGAUGCACAGAGCAUCACCUACAAUGGAUCCAUGGACAGCCCAGUGCCCUUGUACCCUACUGAUUGUCCGCCUUCCUAUGAGACUGUCAUGGGGCUACGAGGAGACAGCCAGGCCACUCUCUUUGAUCCUCAGCUUCAUGAUGGCUCCUGCAUCUGUGAGCGAGUGGCUUCCAUUGUAGAUGUGUCCAUGGACAGCGGGUCUCUGGUGCUGUCAGCCAUCGGUGACCUCCCUGGGGGCUCCAGCCCUUCAGAGGAUUCAUGCCUGCUGGAGCUGCAGGGCUCGGUGCGCUCCGUGGACUAUGUGCUCUUCCGUUCCAUUCAGCGCAGCCGCGCAGGCUACUGCCUCAGCCUGGACUGUGGCCUGCGUGGCCCCUUCGAGGAGAGCCCCCUGCCACGGCGGCCCCCUCGUGCUGCCCGCUCCUAUUCCUGCUCUGCCCCUGAGGCUCCCCCACCCCUGCUGGGUGCCCCCACAGCUGCUCGAAGCUGCCACCGGCUGGAGGGCUGGCCGCCCUGGGUGGGACCCUGCUUCCCAGAGCUGAGGCGGCGGGUCCCCCGGGGAGGCAGCCGGCCAGCAGCAGCCGCACCCACCAGAGCCUCCACUCGACGCUUCAGCGAUAGCUCAGGUUCCCUCACCCCACCGGGGCACCGGCCUCCUCAUCCGGCUCCCCCGCGACCGCUGCUCCUGCCUCGGUCCCACAGCGACCCAGGCAUCACCACCUCCAGCAACACUGCUGACUUCAGGGACCUUUAUACCAAAGUGCUGCAGGAAGAAGCUGCUUCCGUUUCCUCUGCAGAUACAGGUCAGGGAUGUGGCUGGUCCCUGGAAGGUGGGAGGCGUGGGCCACUGCCUGCCCUCUCUACCCCCACAUUCCACCCACUUAUACUCUUUCUUUCUGCAGGGCUUUGCUCUGAAGCCUGCCUCUUCCGCCUAGCCCCCUGCCCUUCCCCCAAGUUGCUACGUGCCCGCUCAGCCGAGAAACGGCGUCCUGUGCCCACCUUCCAGAAGGUCCCCCUGCCUUCGGGUCCUGCACCUGCCCACUCACUGGGGGACCUAAAGGGCAGCUGGCCAGGCCGGGGCCUGGUCACUCGUUUCCUCCAGAUAUCCAGGAAGUCUCCAGACACCCUUGGGAGUGGAACCCAUGGGCAUAAGCAGGUACCCCUGAGGCCGUGGGGCCAGCCAGGCCGAGAGAGCCUACACCUUCGAAGCUGUGGUGAUCUGAGCUCUGGCUCCUCCCUGCGGCGCCUCCUGUCUGCCCGCCGGCUGGAGCGUGGUACCCGCCCCCACAGCCUCAGCCUCAAUGGAGGCAGCCGGGAGACUGGGCUCUGACCUGGGUGUCUUGCCAUAUGGAACAGAUCCAGAUGAUUGUUGGGGCCACAAGCACCAGCCGGUUGGGACCUGCAGCCCCC